AUGGAUUUACAAGCGAUGUUUUUAAGGUUAUUGGAAGAAGCUAUGCCUCAGAUGAGAAGCUCAAACCAAACAUCGAGUGUCCCUGAGGAAUUCAAAAAGCUCCAAACUGAUGCAGAAAAAAUCAAAUUCUGCUAUAAAGAACUGCAAAAAAGCGAAAAACUCGAUAAUGAAAAUAUUUUUGAUAAAAAAAACGAAAAAAUGGCGGCUGAAUUGCGCAAUAAAGCCAAUAAUUUGUUCAACAAAGAGAGAAAUUUCGUAAGAGCUCUUGAACUAUACAACGAAAGCAUUUCAUUGUCGCCACCAGGAACUCAAAAUCUUGGAAUGUGCUAUGCAAAUCGUUCUGCGGUAUUUUUCGAGUCGGGAUUCUACCAACAUGCAUUAGAUAACAUCAAACUUGCUUUGGAAAACAAUUAUCCGGAAAAGAUGAAACCGAAAUUGAAAAAAAGGCGCGUUAAAUGUUUGGAAAAGUUGAAUAACGCCACGGGUGACGAGAAAAAUGAUCAAUUUUCCAAACAACAACUCCCAUUUGAGUUAUCAUAUCUAGCUAACAAAGAAAAUCCUUCGAUAAUUGAUGAAAUUGAGCUUAAACAGUCAGAAGAAUUUGGUCGUUACAUUUGCGCUAAGCGAGAUUUGUACCCAGGUGACGUCGUAAUUCUUGAUAAACCGCACUACAAAGUUCUGGAAGACGAUGCUAAGCACAAAUUUUGUGAAAACUGCUUCGAAUCAAAUUUUAUGAACUUAAUUUCGUGCAAAUUUUGUACCAAGGCUAUGUACUGCGGUGCUAAAUGUGAGGAAGAAGCUUGGAAACGUUAUCAUCAGUUUGAAUGCAAAGCCACCGAGUCUGAUUUAAAUCCCCAUCUCAUUAGGACUGCCCUGAAAAUCAUAACUUUAUUUGACGAUUUGGAUAAUUUGCGAGAUUUGAUUGAAUCUGUGAAGAAAAAUCCCGUCACUGGCUUCGAUUUUAACUUAGAACCUGAAAUAGAGCAUUUCAAAGCAGUGUACUGCCUUGAAACGAACAGUUCAAAAAGAAGCAUUCACCAUUAUUACGUGAUUUCGAAAGCUUUGGCACGAUCCUGGCAUUUGCUUGUCACCCACUCACCUUUGAAGACAAUUUUAAAGACAUCCGAUGACGAGGAUUUGUUCCUUAACAUCCUUUUUCACAUGUUUCAUGUUCUCGGAAUGAACUCCCAUUCAUCUGUAUUUAUGACAAAAAUCGGAAAGAAAAGUGGUUUCUUCGAUUUUGACGCGGAAACAUGUGGAAAUGCGUUAAUGCCGAUCAUGAGUCUCUUGAAUCACUCAUGUGCCCCGAAUAUCUAUCGAGUUAAUCGAUAUGGCACGUUUGCUGUGGUUGUUUCGCGAAAUAUCAAGGCAGGCGAGCAAAUUUUCGAUUGCUACGGUCCACAUCAUCAGAGCCACAUCAAAUAUGAAAGAAAUCAAAAAUUAUCGCGAUUUUUUUUUACAUGCAAUUGUGAGGCAUGUGCCAAAGAUUAUCCGUUGUUAGAUUUUUGUCGACCGAAGUUCUUGUCAAACUCGGUCACUUUGUCUGAUGCUGCUUAUUCUGUUACUAAUUACGAUCUGAAAUGGAUUCAGGAGCAUUACAAGAAGGUCAAGGAUUUUUUGAAAAAAUUUAGUAGUCAACAUUACCUAAGUGCCGAUGUGUUGAUGGUGCGCACAAGACUCAAUUGUUGCUUAGAUUAUUUGUAUGGAAAUGUUCCGUUGGAAUUACAAUUGAAGCCUAAUUGAGUCGCAAAUUUAUGUUAAGAGCAAUUUUAAUUCAUUGCACGAAGUU